UCCUGAAUCAGGGUUAGCUUUCUGCUCGCUGCGGCUCCCUGUAGCAUUUAGAUGCGAGCUGAGGGGCAGACAGACAGACAGUCAGGCUUUAUAUGAGAAGUGAACAAAGAGGAAGAAUUUAAACGGCAGCUCAACUCGGAAACAUGGAUUACUGGAGUGCCUUGGAGGUGUAUAAGGAGAUGCUGCUGCUGUACCUGGAGGAAGGCCGGCGGCAGAUCAACUCCCGCUGUUCCCACCGGGAGCCGUGGCAAAUCAUCGGAGCAUCUGUCCUCACCACGCUGGCAGUUCUCUGGCUCAAGGGAUUCCUCUUCCAGCGAGAAAGUCUCACUUCCAGAAUCAAGAAGCAAGUCUUUCGACUCGUCAGAAAAAUACCGUUUGUUGGUGACAAUAUUCAGAAGCAGCUGAACAAGGCUCUGGACGACAUGUCCCACAGUCUGUGUACGCUGAAGGAGGGGAUGAGCUACACUCAGCAGCUGCCCACUAAAGGGCUAACUCAGAGCCAAGUCAUGGAAAAAAUCAAAGAGUAUCAAACGCUGAAUGACGUACAGUGGGACAAAGGGUGUGUUUCCGGUGCCGUGUACUGGGGGGAUGAAACGCUGACCAAACUCCUGGUGAAGGUUUAUGGAGAUUUUGCGUGGAGCAACCCUCUCCACCCGGACAUCUUUCCUGGCGUCAGGAAGAUGGAAGCUGAGGUUGUCCGAAUGUCCUGCUCCCUGUUCAACGGCGGACCCAACUCCUGCGGAACUGUCACUUCUGGAGGAACGGAGAGCAUCCUGAUGGCCUGCAAAGCGUACAGAGACUUGGCUUAUGAGCGGGGUGUGACGUUCCCUGAAAUUCUAGCUCCAGUGAGCGUCCACGCAGCGUUCGACAAAGCAGCACAUUACUUUGGGAUGAAACUCGUCCACAUUCCUCUCGACCAGAAGACCAUGAAGGUCGACGUUAAGGCGAUGAGGAGAGCCAUCAGCAAAAACACAGCCAUGCUUGUCUGCUCGGCGCCCCAGUUCCCCCAUGGCAUCCUGGAUCCGGUUGAAGAAGUAGCCAAGCUGGCGGUGCGCUACGACGUCCCGCUGCAUGUGGAUGCCUGUUUGGGCGGGUUUCUCAUUGUUUUCAUGGAAAAAGCUGGUUACUCACUCGCCCCGUUUGACUUCAGAGUGAAGGGAGUUACCAGCAUCUCUGCAGACACCCACAAGUACGGCUACGCGCCCAAAGGCUCCUCUGUGAUCCUCUACAGCGAUAAAAAGUACCGUCAGUACCAGUACUUCGUGGCUCCAGACUGGCAGGGGGGAAUCUACGCCUCGCCGUCGGUGGCGGGCUCCAGGCCCGGAGGAAUCAUCGCCGCCUGCUGGGCCACCAUGAUGUACAUGGGAGAGAGCGGCUACGUGGACGCCACCAAGAAGAUCAUCGGCACGGCGCGCAAGAUCAGAAACGAGAUGAGAAAAAUAAAGGGAGUGUUUGUGUUCGGGAACCCGGAGGUGUCCGUGGUGGCCAUCGGCUCCGAGGACUUCGACAUCUUCCGCCUUUCGAACGCGUUGACGUCGAAGGGCUGGAACCUGAACACGCUGCAGUUUCCGUCCAGCAUCCACCUCUGCUGCACGGUGCUGCACACCCAGCCUGGCGUCGCUGAUCGGUUCAUUCAGGAAGUUAAAGAGGAGGUCGCCAUCAUCAUGAAGAACCCCAGAGAGAAAACCACAGGAAUGGGGGCGAUCUACGGCAUGGCCCAGUCCAUCCCGGACCGGUCCCUGGUGACGGAGAUCUCCAGAGGGUUCCUGGACUGUCUCUACAGCACCGAGGUAUCAAAAUCCAACAUCAGCCACAUGAACGGCAACGGCAAAGCCCACUAAAUUUAACUCUCCACAUCCUUGAACCCGAUUUCAAGGUCAAUGCGCUCCUUGUUAAAUCGCUCAACGGUUGCCUUAUUAUUUAAAACUGCACUGAGAACGUCUGCAGAGCGUUUAGGAGAAGAAGAAGCCAUCAUCGCUUAGCUGAACCCAGAGGGAAACUGGACUUUCCUGGGUUCACCAGAACCUUUAACUUGAUUUUAACAAUGGGAUUGAAUGUGUGUGUGUUAUUUUAUCUUUCAUUCAUUUCAGUGACAGUUUUUAUUUGUUAAUCUCGACAUGUUCUCCAACUGGUGCAUCUCAAGAAAUCAAAAAAGCAUCAUAAAAUUAACCUGUUGAUGAUUUCAGUGUUUAUUUCUGAUCUUUUCAGUGAUUAUUUAUUCAAUCUUAUGAAAAUCUAAAAGCUUUCGUCUCAAGAUUAGAAUAUUACAUUCUAGGAAACUACUGCAUCAAUGCGGCAUGGCAUGGAGGGGAUCAGGAAGUAGCAGUCCUGAGAAAGCCCACAGUUUUUCCUUCCAGUUAACUUUCCAUUAACUUUGCUUGUAUGCAGCCCUGCUGAUAUUUUGAUGUUAUUGAACUUGUAUAAUAAUUUCUAAGAGACUUUUAUGUUUGGUUUUCAUUAGAUUUCUACUAUAAUCAUCAAAAUAAACACUUUAACAGUUGAAAUGGUGGAAAUUUCAGAAGUUUUUGAUAUUUUGAGAUGCACCUGUGUUUAAACCAUAGCAAAACAAUUCAGUUUUUUCUUCUAUUUUCAUUUUUAUUUUUACCUGAACAUUUCAGCUUCUUUCAGCAACGCCUCAAAACCACUGUUAGAGCUGCUGUGCUGCCCUCUAGCGUGAAAACGUGAGGACUGCAGCAAUAUUUCUGUCAGCGCCUCAACAUGCAGCAUUUAUUUCAUUUUAUCUUGUUGGUGCAAAGAGCUUUGCAGUACGGCGGCCUUUUAAAUCCAUCUUAGAUAGAAAGAAAGAGUACAUUUCUGCUAAAGAAAAUCUAAGAAAUUUCCUAGAAAAAGCUUGAAAAUUUAAAAGUGUCUAAAAGUUGAACAUUUGUUAGAAAAGAUUCUGAAAUUUCUGAGUUUCAAAAGUUUUAUUUUUUUUACUUUUGAAGAUUAGAAAAUUUUGGACUUUUGAAUAUUUCUGAGUUUCAAAAGUCAAAAAUUUGCAAGAAAAAGCUAGCAAAUUUUCUGAUGAAUUUUGAGACUAAUCAGAAUUUUUGUAGAAGAAAAUUAAGAACAUUUCAUGUUUCAAAACAAUUCUUGGUCUAUUUUCUUCUCAGUGGUUUCUACUCUGUGUUUAGCGUCUUGUGCUAAUUUGUGUGAUAAUUGAAUCUACCUCAGUUUGUACUCGCCUCAUCCAGCAGGGUGACGGAUUUCCACACAACACUGGGAGUUUAUCAGGCCGCCUCGUUAACGCGGUUUCAAACCCGCAGAGCGGCCGGUUGGGAGGAGGUUUCCGGAAAUAUAGACGGUUCCUUAAAUCUUAACGAAGCAAACUGUAAUCACUUUGUCUCUGAUUCAUGUGUUCUCCUAAUGCAGUUAAAGUAGUUUUGUGCAAUAUACAUUUUUCUUGUGCGAAGUGGUGGGAAAAAGGGAGAAUCUCCGGUGUUGGCGUUUAAAUCAGCCACAUAACAAUGAUAAUUUAAAAUAUACAGCGGUGUAUUAGGACCAUUUAUGAGAAAUAAAAUGAGUAACAAACUCAUGGAUUUUGAGAUUAUUCACAGAAACUUUUUAGAAAUUGCCAAUUUUAGAAAAAAAUGGAAAUUUCUGAGUUUCAAAAGUGAAAAAAUUGCUAGGAAAAAAAUUUAUUUGGAGAAUAUUCUCAGAAAGUUUUAGGAAAAAAAACAUUUUUUUGUUUGUUUGAAAAGUCCAAAAUUUGCGAGAAAAAAAAAAAAUAAACAAUGAGAUUAAUCUCCGUGAUUUUCUAGGAAAAGCUUGAAAACUUUCUGAAUUUUAAAAAUU